ACUGAACAGAUACACUUAAACAUUUUGCCCUCCAGGGUGUGUGUGAUCAUUUUUUUUUUGGGUUAGGUGAUGACGUCGCAUGCUGAAUCUACCCUUCACUUAGAAUAAGUACAGCCUACAUUCACGCUGGAAUAAAUUUACAUGUGCUCUGCAGCCAUAACACAUAACACAACACAUCUGAUCGCCCUCCAGCGAUGGGAAAUACGCGAACAGACACGUUUUUGAUCACCGGGGGAAGCGGGUAUUUUGGUUAUCGCCUUGCAUGCUCGCUGCAUAAAAAAGGAGCCAAAAUCAUUCUGUUUGAUGUAGCCCCACCAAGCCAAGGAGCACCAGAGGGCAUCGUAUUCCUGCAGGGAGACAUACGUGAAUAUGCACAAGUCGAGAAGGCUGUCUCUGGCGUGGACUGCGUGUUCCACAUUGCCUCCUACGGCAUGUCUGGCAGGGAGCAGCUGAAUCGUCGCCUGAUCGAGGCAGUGAAUGUUCAAGGCACAGAAAACGUCCUGAAGGCUUGUGUGGAGAAAGCCGUCCCCAGACUGGUUUACACUAGCACCUUCAACGUGGUGUUUGGAGGCCAAGUCAUCGAAAAUGGAGAUGAGAGUCUUCCUUAUUUACCUCUCCAUCUCCACCCAGACCAUUACUCCAGAACCAAGUCAAUGGCUGAGAUGGCAGUGAUGAAAGCCAAUGGUAGUGCACUGAUGGAUGGCAGUGGGGUGUUGAGAACCUGUGCCCUGCGUCCUGCGGGCAUCUACGGCCCUGGAGAGCAGAGGCACCUGCCCAGGAUAGUUGGCUACAUAGAGAAGGGGAUCUUCAGGUUUGUUUAUGGAAAACCCUGCAGCCUGGUGGAGUUUGUCCAUGUGGACAACCUGGUGUCAGCACAUGAGCUCGCUGCAGAGGCUCUGACCCCACAGCAGCAACACCGCUCCGCCGGUCAGGCCUACUUCAUCUCAGACGGCAGGCCUGUCAACAACUUUGAGUUCUUCAGACCUCUGGUGGAGGGCUUGGGCUAUCCUUUUCCCAAACUGCGCCUGCCUCUCGCUCUCAUUUACUUCUUUGCCUUCCUCACAGAGAUGACUCACCACCUCGUCGGCCCCCUCUAUAACUUCCAGCCAUUGCUGACACGCACAGAGGUGUAUAAAACCGGCGUGACACAUUACUUUAGCAUGGCAAAAGCCAAGGCAGAGCUCGGUUAUGAGCCUCAGGAGCACAACCUGGACGAGGUUGUUCAAUGGUUCAGAAGCAAGGGCCAUGGGAAAAAGCCUCACAGCUCGUGCCUCAAACGGUUGCUAUUAGAUGGUCUGCUUGUUGCUGCUUUUGUUGCUAUGGCCCUCUCUUACCUUCCUGUUGCUGGCAGUUGAUGAGGACUGCAUCAUUGUGAUGUUUUCAAACACAUACAUGUGAAGACUGAUUCAGAACCAGGCUGUUUACAUGCAUUGGUGUGGCAAAAAGACACAGACACAUUCUCUUUCUAAGUACUGAUCUUUAAUAAGGAGGUACACGUUUAAUUACACAUUAAGACCCAAUGAUUAGUGACAUGUACUUUGCAGUAGAUGUGAAAAUAAUGUUAGGAUCUAUACCAGCUUGACCUAAUUCUCCAUUUUGUGGUUGGUAUGUCAACUGCUACCUCUUUUAAAUCUACCUCUUUUGCUUUUGGACAUAGAUGUCUGUAGGGAGGCAUCAUAAUGACCUAUUCUACUUUUUUUUUGUUUUCAUUUUUAGUGGACCUGCUUUAUUUUAACUAAACAGCAAUUUUCUCAAAACUGUAACAAAUAAAACUCUUCAAAUCAAA